CAGCCCUGAGAAAGCACAGGCCCCCCCAGCACCCCUGAGGAAAGGGCCCCGCCGGGCCAGCCCUGCAGGGACCAUGGGAUCCACAGCUGAAAGGGGUCUCCCUGCCCUGUUUGAUUGGUUCUUCGAAGCAGCCUACCCUCCCUCCCUGCAAGAGGAUCCCCCCAUCCUGCGGCAGUUCCCCCCAGACUUCAGGGACCAGGAGGCUACGCAGAUCGUGCCUAAAUUCUGCUUCCCUUUUGAUGUGGAAAGGGAGCCCCCCAGCACCGCCGUACAGCAUUUCACCUUUGCCCUCACGGACCUGACCGGCACCCGCAGAUUUGGUUUCUGCCGCCUCCGGGCUGGUGCCCACAGCUGUCUCUGCAUCCUCAGCCACCUGCCUUGGUUUGAAGUGUUCUACAAACUGCUGAACACAGUGGGGGACCUCCUGGCACAGGAUCAAGUCUCAGAGGUCGAUGAACUUCUUCUACAUCUGCUGCAGCAGCCCCUUCCCGGGACCCAGGACUCAGUGGGGCUGGAGCUGGGCAGCGGAGUGAUGAUCUCCAGUGCGCAAGGCAUCCCCCGCCCUGGCCCCGGGAAGAGCAUGCCGCUUUCCUGCUUCGUGGCCCCCGACUCCGGCCGCCUGCCAUCCAUUCCUGAGAACAGGAACCUAACGGAGCUGGUGGUGGCGGUGACCGACGACAACAUCGUGGCGCUAUUCGCUGCGCUCCUGGCAGAGCGAAGGGUCCUGCUCUCCUCCAGAAAGCUGAGCACCCUGACGUCGUGCGUCCACGCGUCCUGCGCUCUCCUGUACCCCAUGCACUGGGAGCACGUGCUGAUUCCCACGCUGCCGCCGCAUCUGCUGGACUACUGCUGCGCGCCCAUGCCCUACCUCAUCGGAGUGCACGCCAGUCUCGCCGAGAGAGUGCGGGAGAAAGCGCUGGAGGACGUCGUGAUGAUGAACGUGGACUCCAAUACGUUGGAGACGCCCUUCGACGACGUGCAGGCACUGCCCCCAGAUGUGGUGUCUCUGCUGAGGCUACGGUUAAGGAAGGUCGCACUGGCCCCCGGGGAAGGGGUGUCCCGUCUCUUCCUCAAAGCCCAGGCCCUGCUCUUCGGGGGGUACCGCGAUGCGCUAGUCUGCAGCCCGGGCCAGCCUGUAACCUUCAGUGAAGAAGCCUUCCUGGCCCAGAAACCCGGGGCGCCGCUGCAGGCCUUCCACCGGCGGGCUGUGCACCUGCAGCUGUUCAAACAGUUCAUCGAAGGCCGACUGGAGAAGCUGAACACGGGAGAAGGCUUCUCAGACCUCUUUGAGCAGGAGAUCACCUGUAGCGGGGCCUCCUCAGGGACCCUUCGCUCCUACCAGCUCUGGGCAGACAACCUAAAGAAAGGUGGUGGUGCCCUCCUGCAUUCCGUCAAGGCCAAGACCCAACCAGCCGUCAGAAACAUGUACCGCUCGGCGAAGAGUGGCUUGAAGGGUGUGCAGAGCCUUCUGAUGUACAAGGAUGGGGACUCUGGCCUGCAGAGGGGGGGCUCCCUGAGGGCCCCUUCCCUCACCAGCCGCUCAGAUUGCCUGCAGCAGCGCUUGCCUAUCACCCAACACUUCGGACAGAACCGGCCCCUUCGGCCCAGCAGGAGACUCCGGCGGGAAGAGAGACCUUCUGAGUCCCUGGGGGAGGGGACACCCUCUCUGAGCCCUGAGGAUGCCCAGGAACCAUUGGCAGAGGAAGCUCUGGAUGGCAGCUUCCUUGGGUCCGGAGAAGAACUGGAUUUGCUGAGCGAGAUUCUGGAUAGUCUGAGCAUGAGAGACACCCGGAACAGCAGCCUGCGGCCAAGCCAGAGUUUGGACUGCUGCCACAGAGGGGACCUGGACAGCUGCCUCAGCCUGCCCGACAUACCAGGAAGAUCAAGAUGGCAAGCAGAUGACGAGAAACCACCAGGGCCCCAGCCCCUGUCCCUUUCUGUCGGCCUGCCGCCUCUGCACACCCCACAGCCUUCAGAUGCCACGAGCUCCUCGAAGCACCCCACUUCCCAGCUGCCCUCAGAGGCCAGCCCAGAAAUCAUUUCCCCGUCCCAGUCUUCGACAGCUUCUGCAGACCCAAGCAGCAAAGGGGACCCCAGCUCCUCUCUCACAGAGCCCCAGCCUCUACGCCUCUCCUCUCCCCACGAGGCAACCGAGGAUCCCACAGCCCAGGAGAGCCCCUGCUCCCAGCUCUCCACAGCACCCAGCCCUCGAGAAAGCCCCCAACUUCUGACUCCCACAAAGCCCAACUCGGAUAUUACCUGGGCAUCCCAAGUCCUUGAUUCUUUCUCGGAUCCCGGUUCCCCAGAGAGCCCCAGAGCCCAGCCUUCGGAGGUCCUGCUCCCAGAGCGCACGCACCUCCAGCCCCACGAGGAGCCGGGAGCCCCCAGGCCCCCUGAGCCUCCUGCUAGUAACUGCGAGGAGCUCCAGGCCAGGAGCCAGCCCAGGGUUGCUGAGCUUAAAAAGUGUUUUGAAGGUUAAGAAUCAGGGGUCUGGAGGAGACUCUGGCCCCUCAAUAAAGCUGCAAG